GAGGAGUCCAGCUGGAUAUAGUUUGAUAUAUAAAGGGGGCUGGUCUGAAUCUCGCUGUCCUUUACUGGCGUGGAAAAAAAACCAGACAGACGCACUUUGGAGUUCACUGCCGGGACGUGUAGCACUCCUUUCAUCCACAGUGCAGGCUGUAUGCCUCGGCUCUCCGCCCGACAUCCCCUCUCCUCUCCUCUGCUUACUGUCGUGUCUCCUCUCCUGAACAGCUGGCCAAAGGGCUGAUUGUGCCUUGGCUGCGGAGGAAAGAGCGAGCAGACUCCACUUACCCUAGCCAAACGGAGGAGCGUCAGGAAAUAUUCUCCACUCUCUGGACUGGAUGGGAAGGAGGAGAAUCUUUGACCUUGGAAAAUGAAGAUGUUGUUGCCAUGGGAACUGUUAAUCCUUCUGUCACUCAAAGAGUGCCUGGCUGAGAAUACACGCCAUGGUCCUGUCUUCACCCAGGAGCCGAGUGACAGCAUUUUCCCUCUGAGCACUGAUGAUAAGCAGGUGUUUAUUAAUUGCAAAGCAAAGGGAAACCCACCUCCACAUUAUAGGUGGAAAAUAGACGGGGCUGAAAUCAACACAGAGUCAGAUCCAAACUACAGCCUUGUGGAGGGGAACCUGUUGAUUAAUAACCCUCAUGUCAUCAAUCAUGGAGGAGUGUAUCAGUGCAUCACCACCAACACAUUUGGCACCAUUGUCAGCAGGGAGGCAAAAGUCCAAUUUGCAUUUCUGCAGAACUUCAGCAGGAAGUCGAGGAACACGGUGUCAGUGAGAGAGGGUCAAGCUGUGGUUCUGCUCUGCGGCCCUCCACCCCAUUACGGAGAGAUCAAAUAUUCAUGGGUUUUCAACGGACAGCGAAGUUUCCUGAAACAGGACGCCCGUCGUUUUAUCUCUCAGAAGACGGGCAACUUGUACAUAGCCAAAGUUGAAGCCUCAGAAGCAGGGAACUACACGUGUGCAGUGAGAAACAUGAUGACCAAUGCCACCGUGUUCAGCUCCCCAACCCCUGUGGUGGUGAGGAGGGACGCAGUGAUGGGUGAAUAUGAGCCAAAGAUUGAGGUUCAGUUUCCCGACACCCUUCAAGUCUCUAAAGGAUCAUCAGUGAAGCUGGAAUGCUUUGCCUUAGGAAACCCUGUGCCUUCCAUCUCAUGGAGAAGAGCUGAUGGAAACCCACUCCCUGGCAAGAUUAAAAUCAACCUCUCCAGUGGGGUUCUGGAAAUUCCAUAUUUUCGCCCGGAGGAUGCCGGCGUGUAUGAGUGUGUAGCCGAAAACAGCAGAGGACGAAAUGUUGCCAGAGGGCAACUUGUAUUCCACAAUGUUGAACAUCUGCACUGGGUCCAAACACUGAAAGAUGCUCACAUGGCAAUUGAUGCGAAUCUGCAGUGGGAAUGUAAAGCCAUCGGUAAGCCUAGGCCUACAUACAAAUGGUUGAGGAAUGGUCAGCUCCUGACAGCAGAGGAGAGGAUCCAUGUGGAAUCUGGUAGACUGACUAUAUCCAGGAUCAGUCUGUUGGACUCUGGGAUGUAUCAGUGUGUGGCAGAGAAUGAACAUGGAGCUGUUUAUGCUAGCGCUGAGCUCAAGGUUGUCGCCUCCCCACCGGACUUCACCCGGCGGCCCGUGAAGAAGUCCACAGUGAUCCAGAGGGGGGGUGAGGUGGUCUUGGAGUGUCGCCCCCACGCCUCCCCCCGGGCCACAAUCUCCUGGUGGAAAGGGGGCGAACUCCUGAAGGACAGCAAGAGACAGACUAUCAUGGAGGAUGGGACUCUACGCAUCACCAACAUCUCCAAAUCUGAUGGAGGCAUGUACACGUGUCUGGCCAGAAACCAUUUUGGAACAUCCAGCAGCACGGGGACACUGGUGGUGAAAGAGCCUACCAAGAUUAUAGUCCCACCCUUGAGUUUGGAUGCUACUGUGGGGCAGAGCCUUGUGCUGCCAUGCGAGGUGUCCAGUGAUUCGUCCCUGAGUCCCAUCUUCAAGUGGUUUUUCAAUGGGAAAGCCAUUGAUUUCAGCAGGCAGGAACACUUUGAGAUGAUUGGAGGGGGAUUUGCAGGUGACCUGAUGGUGAGGAACAUUCAGCUAAAGCAUUCGGGGAAGUAUGUGUGUAUGGUGCACACUGAAGUUGACACUGUCUCAGCAGCAGCAGACUUAAUUGUCAGAGGACCUCCUGGUGCCCCGGAGGGCCUGGUAGUGAGUGAUAUUACUGACACCACUGUGCAACUGUCCUGGAGCUCUGGACCUGACCACCACAGUCCUGUUACCAUGUACAUGGUGCAGGCCAGGACCCCCUUCUCUAUAGGCUGGCAGACUGUGAGAACAGUUCCUGAUUCUGUGCCUGGACAGAUGAUGCAUGCAACAGUGAAAGAUUUGAACCCCUGGGUGGAUUAUGAAUUCAGGGUGGUGGCAAUCAACAGUGUUGGCGUUGGAGAACCCAGCACGCCAUCAAAACAGAUUCGAACCAAAGCAGCAGUUCCCAAGGUUGCACCAGUUAAUGUGAGUGGUGGCGGAGGAGCUCGAGGAGAACUUGUCAUCGUGUGGGAGCCAGUUCCAGAGGAACAGCAGAGCGGAGAGGACUUUGGCUAUGUCGUGGCUUUCCGCCCACUUGGCAGCACCACCUGGAUCCAGACAGUGCUGGCAUCACCUGAUGCAUCGAGGUAUAUUUACAGAAAUGAAAGCAUCGCACCCCUGUCCCGGUUUGAAGUGAAAGUGGGAGUUUACAACAGCAUAGGAGAGGGGCCGUUCAGCCGAGUUGUCAGAGUGUUCUCUGCAGAAGAAGAGCCCUCUGAGGCACCAUCAAGAGUUUGGGCCCGCGCUUUGUCAGCCUCUGAGAUUGAGGUGUACUGGGAACCAAUUCCCCCCGGGGCCAGCAGGGAGAAGAUCAUCGCAUAUGAGGUUCUCGUUUGGGAGAAGGGAUCUCUGCAGAGUGAAGCGGAGACAGUGAGGGUUAUCGACACCACGGCUCUGCUCUCUGGCUUGAAGGGCAGCACAGUCUAUCUGAUCUCAGUCAGAGCCCAAAACAGCGCUGGACUUGGACCGUGCAGCUCUGCUUUUAACAUCACCACCAAGAAACCACCUCCAAGUCAGCCUCCAGGGAAUAUUGAGUGGAACCUGACCAACUCGAAGAUCUUUCUGAAUUGGGAACAUGUCAAGGCGAUGGAAAAUGAGUCUGAGGUGACAGGAUACAAGGUUAUGUAUCGUCAGACCUGGCAUGGUAGAACGACUAUACUGGAAACCAAUAAGACCAGUGUGGAGCUGCAAAUCCCCUCUGGAGAGGACUACCUCAUUGAGAUCAAAGCUCUGACCGAAGGGGGUGAUGGCACCAGCAGUGGGCCCAUCCGCAUACCAAAGAUGUCCAGUCUAAACUCAAACGGGUCUUUGAGUCCAGUUCCAAUGAAGAUUUGCUGUUUUAUUAUGUUUUUUGUAUUUUUUAUUUGUACUGGGUAGCUUCCUAUGGCUCUAUAUUAAGCUGUGGACAUUAGAAUGAAUACAGUUUAUGAUUCUCUUCUACGUGUCAUAUUUAAGGAAUAAGAAGCUAACUAGAGAGUUUCUCAACCCCUGGUUUGCAAACCAAAACUGGAUAGUGGGAGCGUUCUGACAGGUUGUCAAACGCCCACAAAUCUGUGGCUGGGCUGUUACUCAUAGGCAACAGCACAGUUACAAAACAUUUUCAUCUGCCUAUUUUCAGGACCACUGCAAUCCUCCAGGAUGCAAGAGUUUGAUAAACAUGGGAAGAUGAGUUUCUUAUCUGUCAUUCUGAAAUGAAUCUGAGCAAAGGUUCAUGUCCCAGUUUCCACUUUUUACUGUCUGUUUCCACCUAUUUUGCCUCAACUUCCAAGUUAUUUCUUGGCUUGAUGUGACAUCUGUGAAUAUAACAGACCAAAAGGUACAAGUUUCACACACUACACAUAUUCAAUUUGAAAAGAUUAGAUCAGAUUAUAUGUAUUUACUUUGUUUUCAUCACUUGGACGUAAAGUGUUCUUUAUACAAAAACUGUAGCCCUAUGCUAUUUUCAUUGUUGUUGGAGUCAAAAUAACACCACAAAAUUAAAGGAAUAUAUUUUUUCGUUUCAGGAAUUACACUCUUUUAUGCUACGCUAAGCUAAGCUAAUCAACUCCAAGCUUCAGCUCCAUAGUUAAAACACAGAUGCAAAAGUAGUAUUGAUUUUGUCAUCUAACUUACAACAAUAACAAAAGCAUAUUUCCCUACAUGUCAGGCACAUGAUAUACAAGUGUCCACAGAUAAUGAUGCAUGCACCCAGAGUUCUGUGUGUGUUAGUAAGAAGCAACUUGCAGCAAACAAUGGUUCACCCUCUGGUUUCAUGCAAUAUGAAGUAUACCUGGUAUUUGCUGGGUACCCAUGUAGUAUCUCAUAAUUAUUUGUGCACAGUUUUUCUGUAAAUGUUUUCUGCUUAUGUGUGCUUGUGUAGUGCUUAACACCACAUAACCCAAAACCAUAUGACAGUUUGUUUCAAAGAUAACUUUUAUCUCAAAGUAGCAUUAGCUCUGCUCAGCCUUACCCCCAAACAAACAGCAGUGUUUUCCUUAAAAGGAGCACUCCACUCAUAUAGCGUUGCACUCCUAUUACAUUGUCGGUUGCAAGAUCGACAGUUAAAAAGAAAAAGUCAAAAUCUAUGCAGCAAAACCUGCCAGUUUGGUUGGAGGUUUGGGCGUGUCAUGGUAGGAGUGGCUAAUGUGGCCUUGAGCUGCUACCCUCAAUCAGAGACAAGGACAAGCUGCAGAGGUCUGGUAGGACCCGCAGAUUUUUUUCAUUAACGAAAUUGUCCGCUGAUGCUGACUCAGGUUGUUCUCUCAUCUUGAAGUGAAUGUUUUUCUUGGUUUUCGUGCUAGAUACCUAAAAUAAGGUCUGUAAUUAACACAAGCUUAAGAGACAUUUUGUUGUACGACAUAAAAUAAGUCCAUGAAUGCCUCUCUUUUGAAUUUUGAAGCCUUUAAAAACAGUGGAUGCUAACAUGUGGCUAAAUAGCACUAAAGAACGUUAUCAUGCAGACCACAGCUUUAUGACAAAGUUAAGUCAUGUUAUUGUGGUGUAGUUUGUUUAUAAAGUAAUGUUAGCUUUUUACUUCUGGUGAUUGCAUUUACACCUCAGAAAUCAUAAAAGCUGUGUUCAUUCGUGUAGAUUAUUUUGCUGAGCAAAAACUUGUAAAUAUAAACGUUUGUCACUGACCUUAUUUUCUGCAGCGGAAAAAUCCCACUGGUUUCUGGAUGAGGAAACCAAGGUGAUGCUUACUUGCACGCUGGCCUCCAAAAAUACAUCACCCCCACACCACUCUAUUAAUCAAACCUUUCAAAUAUUGGAAAAAAAGUUUUAAAGGGAUUUUUCUAUAAAAAGCUUUAUACAACUCUUUUUUGACCCAAAACACACUUUGAUGUGUAAUAAAAAUUGGGCUUCCUCUUUAAAUCUGCCAAAAAGUUUUGAUUAAAAAAAAAAAUCAACAUCUGCUUUUUUGAAACUAAACACUAGACUUUAGUAAAUUUCAUACAUGCAACAUCAUUAAUUUUAAUAAUGCCCUGUCUGUUUCAUGUGAAAACUAAAGCACAUUACACCAUGACAGUAGCCCAGGCAGUGGCAAUUAGUGGCAUUCCUUCUGUAAAGGUGCAAUGUGUAAUGCCUGGCCAUAUGCUGCAUAGAAAUAGGGGGCAGCAUUUCAUCAGUCUACUACUGGGUCCAUACAAUCUCAAUUUACAGUCAUCAGUUAUUAAAAAAAAAAAAAACAGCUAACUACCACUACUAACUAACAGCAAAGCAAGAACACGCACAGUUCGAGCAAACAAACUCUGAGAGCCAGUCAAAGUAUCACUGCUGUCUUAUAAUCUUCAUUUGGCGUAGGCCUAUAGUUUAUGUUAUAGCUUGGUUAACUCAGUUUCAGCAAAAAAACAUCAUAACCAUAUAUCGACAUUAGUUGCAGUAAAGAUACGUUUCUCUAAAUAGCCACAGGGGCAGCCACAGCAAUCGGUAGCAUUUUAGCCAUUUUUAAGCAUUUUUCUGUUGUUAUAACGCCACCCAGUUGCCAAUUAGAGUUAAAUUUCUCCAGUCACCUUGAGGCGUCCUGUUCUACAUAUCUACCAAGUUUAGUAAAAAUCCAUAUGGCGGUUAGGCCUAGAUAUUAUUAGAGAUUAUGUGAGGUCCUAUGCCUACAAAGUUGUGUGGUGAUUGGUGAAACCCUUGAGAUGUUAUACGCCUUUAUGUGAUGAGCUA